AUGGAGCAGCUUGAAGCCCUUUUCUCAGAAGCGUCCAUUCUGGUCUCGAGCGAGAAGAAUGAAGAAACCUCAGAGAUCGCUCUCGACGAUCAACUUGCCAUGCGUCUUGAUCGGCUUGACAUUACUCGCGACUCGACUGAGACCACCAAACAAGCUUUUGUCAACAAAUGCAUGCAGCUUUUGAACGACAUUCAACGAGCAUUGUUACAAACUGAAGAAGACAAUGAGGCCAACCGUGACCAUAUGGGUGUGCGUGAUUUAAGGAUGGUUCAUACCAUGUUACAGACCGUGAUAUCGUGGGGCAUGUAUCCAUGUUUCUUGCCGGGUGUGGGUGUUCCUCUCUCCAAGCGUGUCAAAUCUGGCUACACAAACCAUGAACUUCUUGCACGACCUGAAGCGGAUGAGAAACAUGGCCAAGGCGAAAACGAGACGCGUUCACUUUUCCAUAUCACCAAUCAACUUGUUGACAUGAUUGCUGCUUCGGUACAAGCACACAAGAGCUUCACCACGGUUGGAUCUAUUCUGUUAACACGCCAUUUACCCGAUCUUUACGCCGCUUUGCUUCAACUUGCUUAUGGACCUUCACCUACAACUGCAUCUUCAUCAUCGUCGUCAUCAUCACCGAGCACAACCAUGCCAACCAACCCUUCACAAAUCUUGCUAGCAGCAAAGCAACAACCCGUGGGAUUGACACGUGCUGAAAGAGACAAAUGUGCACGCAUGUUUAUGUGGUUGUUUGAGAGGCAAGUGAAUGAAUCGGAUGUACAUCAAUGUAUGGAAUCAUUAAUGCUCUUGUUGGGCACAUCACCAUUGCACCCAGUCCCUGCUUGGCUCCGAAGUAUUUGUGGUCGCUUUUUAUCAAGGAUCCUGCUCAAACCCAGAGGAGUCGCCACUGUUCUCGAGUUUACGGUUGCUGAUGUUGAGCAAGUACAACUGGAUCAACUUGAAAAGGUCUCUAAGCUUGUUCUUGCUGUACCCAAGCAAAUGCCAUCCGUGGAGAGUUAUUAUGCCGUGAUUGCUCCCCAGCUGGUUACUUUGCUGCAAGAGAGUGUACAGAAUCCCAAUGCCAGAGCAUCUACUCGACAAGUGGUGACCUUUAUUCUUGGCCGAAUGAUCACUCAUCAUCCAACUUUAUCCAAAUCGAUGAUUGUGGAUCCGAUCGUGGGGUCCUUUGUCAACACGUGGAACAAGCAACAAGAAGAUACAACGACGGCUUCAGCGAUGGAUACGGAUGACCAACAAGCCUUAUCAGAAUCUGAGCUCGAGUUACUACUACGAACAUUGCAUCAGAUCAUGGUGGGUGGUGAGCCUUCCGGUCAAGUGAUUCAGGCGUUUCUCGACAAGGCGGUGCUUGCUCUUUAUUACCUUUACGAUUAUACCGUCAAGUCAAAAUCAGGCUUACGUGAGAUGGUGUUGGAUAUUCUCAAAACCUAUUUCCGCAUUAUUGGUUCGAAUGAAGCUGUGAAUGAUUUGAAGCGGGUUGUCCUCAGCAAACGGGAUUUGAGUGGAUCACGGCUUGCUUACUUUGCGCCAGGAUCGUCCGGUGGUGUUGAAAUGCGUGUGCGAGCUUAUCCCAAGCCAUUGGGUGGCAAUGAGCUUCCAUUGGAUCCCGCCGUCCUUGUCAACUUUAUUUCACAAGCCAAUAAUCAAAGUCUGUGUGGUGACUUUUUUGUAUUUUUACUAAGUGAAUACUCUGGAUUACAAUCUUUGGCUGGUGAUACGGAUCCACGAUUGAUGCUGCUCAUAUUACAUCUUAUCACUGGCAUGCAAGAUACCCUGGGACCAGAAAUCCUUUCCAAACCAGCACAAAUUGUAGGAUUUGCAUCCAAUGUCAUUCAUGGCUAUGUGGAAAACAUUGAACGGCUCAAGGAGAAGCAGCGUGCAAGCAACAGCAAAGCAAAGCAGCAAAGAGUGGAUAUCACCAAUAUCGUAUCCUCGGAGGAUGUGGAACAAGAGAUACCCGAUGAUGAACAAGUACAAGAAGACUUUGAGUCAUUGAUCAUGGCCAUUAGUCUAUUACGAGCAGUCAUUCAUGAAAACGAUGAAUUGGAUACAAAAGUGAAUCAGCUGUUGGAAUCCACCAUUGAGCCACUCAAGAAGCUCGAAUCCUAUCAGAUUGAAGAGCUACAAGCACCUGUGCAAGAAUUACUCCUCGCCAUCACUUCCUUGGUAUCAGCACAAAGAAUGGCUCGAAGCAAGCGAUCCGAUGGUUUGGAUGCUUCCAAGGAAAAGUAUCGAGAGGCCAUGAAGGCGCUUCAAGAUGAGUUAUUACCAGUCCGUGCUCAUGGUAUGGCUAUGCUCAGGGAUAUGGUAUUGGCCCGUGAUCCACUUGUAUCUUCUGGAGAAGGAUUGGACAAUGUAUUGGAUAUCUUUAUACGGCUGGUUCAAGAUGAGGACAGCUACAUUUAUUUGAAUGCGAUCAAGGGGCUAUCAGCACUUACAGAUACCCACGGCAACGAGAUCAUUAAGAAAUUGGGUGCCAUUUACAGCGACAAUGCACAAACGCUUGAUAAUCGACUACGUAUUGGUGAAGCAUUGCUACAAACUGUGCAACGGGCUGGUGAUGCAUUGAGUAUCUAUGUGAAAAACCUUGUGAAACCACUCGAAACGGUGUUGAAUCGGCCUCAAGUUGACGUCCAUCUUCGGGUAUCAGCAUUAUCCAUCCUCAGUACAGCGUGUCAAACUUGCCCAGCCGCCAUGGCAGGCAUGCUGCAUGCACUUGUCGAUUGGGUUUUGAAUAUUUUGGAAAUAGAAAAGGCACCAGAGAUUCGUAGAGCUGCCACUGUGGUGAUCAUAUCAUUGUUCCGAGGCAUGGCAUCUGAGACGCUGUAUAGUUAUCCAAGCGAAUACUUGAAGAGAACCUAUAGGACGUUGCGAUACAUUGAAGACACGGAUCCGGAUGAGCUUACACGACAUCAGGCACGAACAGCAUUAGCGGAUCUAGAUGUAAUUACACGUAGAGAAAUUUUCAAAUAG